CCCGCCGCCAUUUUCCAUGUUGUGCUCUUUUGCUGCAGUGUUUUAACUAUUUUUGAAUACAACGCUUUUUAAAUAUAUUGUCAAGUUCGGCUUAUUAAAUUCCCAAAGUCUCCAAAUUUGUGGAGAGGGGAGUUCUCCACAGGUUAUCUCCGAAAUUAGCCAAGGAGACGCCCUGUUUUGACGCCAUGUACAUCAAACAGGUGAUCAUCCAGGGGUUCAGGAGUUACAGGGAUCAAACUGUGGUAGACCCGUUUAGUCCAAAACAUAAUGUCAUUGUUGGAAGAAAUGGGUCAGGAAAAAGUAACUUCUUCUACGCCAUCCAGUUUGUGCUCAGUGAUGAGUUCAGCCACCUUCGACCAGAACAGCGUCUGGCCUUGCUCCAUGAGGGAACUGGUCCUCGUGUCAUUUCAGCUUUUGUGGAGAUUAUAUUUGACAACUCUGAUAAUCGGCUGCCGAUCGACAAAGAGGAAGUUUCUCUUCGACGUGUCAUUGGUGCUAAGAAAGACCAGUACUUCUUAGACAAGAAGAUGGUGACUAAGAAUGAUGUCAUGAACCUUCUGGAAAGUGCUGGCUUCUCUCGCAGUAAUCCAUACUAUAUUGUCAAGCAGGGAAAGAUCAACCAAAUGGCCACUGCCCCUGACUCCCAACGUUUGAAGCUGUUAAGAGAAGUGGCAGGGACAAGAGUGUAUGAUGAGCGCAAAGAGGAGAGUAUUUCACUCAUGAAAGAAACAGAGGGCAAGCGAGAGAAGAUCAAUGAGCUCCUGAAGUAUAUUGAGGAGCGUCUGCACACCCUGGAAGAUGAAAAGGAGGAGCUUGCUCAGUACCAGAAGUGGGACAAGAUGAGAAGAGCCUUGGAGUACACAAUCUAUAACCAGGAACUGAAUGAAACCCGUGCCAAACUAGACGAGCUGUCCAGCAAAAGAGAAACCUGUGGAGACAAAUCCAGACAGCUGCGUGAUGCUCAGCAAGAUGCCAGAGACAAAGUAGAGGAAACUGAACGUGUUGUGCGAGAGCUGAAGUCCAAAAUCUCUGCUAUGAAGGAGGAGAGAGAGCAGCUGUCGGCUGAGCGCCAGGAGCAGAUCAAGCAGAGGACCAAGCUUGAGCUGAAGGCCAAGGACCUGCAGGACGAACUGGCAGGCAACAGUGAACAGAGGAAACGCCUGCUGAAGGAGCGUCAAAAGCUAUUGGAAAAAAUUGAGGAGAAGCAAAAAGAACUGCAGGAGACAGAGCCCAAGUUCAACACAGUCAAGGAAAAAGAGGAGCGGGGGAUCUCCAGAUUGGCCCAGGCUACGCAGGAGAGAACUGAUCUUUAUGCCAAGCAGGGCCGAGGCAGCCAGUUCACCUCCAAAGAGGAGAGGGACAAAUGGAUCAAGAAGGAGCUUAAGUCUCUGGACCAGGCUAUCAAUGACAAGAAGAGGCAGAUUGCAGCCAUUCACAAAGACCUGGAGGACACAGAGACAAACAAGGAAAAGAACCUGGAGCAGUAUAAUAAACUUGAUCAAGAUCUAAAUGAGGUCAAGACACGUGUGGAGGAGCUGGACAAAAAGUAUUACGAAGUAAAGAACAGGAAGGAUGAGCUGCAGAGUGAAAGAAACUACCUGUGGCGUGAGGAGAACGCAGAGCAGCAAGCUCUGGCAGCCAAACGCGAAGACCUGGAGAAGAAACAGCAGCUGCUUCGAGCAGCCACUGGCAAGGCUAUUCUGAAUGGUAUCGACAGCAUUAACAAAGUCCUUGAGCAUUUUCGUCGGAAAGGCAUCAACCAGCAUGUCAUCAAUGGUUAUCAUGGAAUUGUCAUGAAUAACUUUGAGUGUGAGCCUGCUUUUUACACCUGUGUGGAGGUGACUGCUGGAACAAGGCUCUUCUACCACAUUGUAGAGACUGAUGAGGUUAGCACCAAAAUACUAAUGGAGUUCAACAAAAUGAACCUGCCUGGAGAAGUUACAUUUCUACCCCUAAGCAAACUGGAUGUGAGGGACACAGCCUACCCAGAGACCAAUGACGCAAUCCCCAUGAUCAGUAAGCUGCGCUAUAGCCCCAACUUUGACAAGGCCUUCAAGCAUGUAUUUGGGAAGACCCUUAUUUGUCGCAGCAUGGAAGUUUCCACUCAACUGGCCAGAGCUUUCACAAUGGACUGUAUCACUUUAGAGGGUGACCAGGUGAGCCACCGUGGAGCACUGACAGGAGGCUACUAUGACACCAGAAAAUCUCGUCUGGAGCUGCAGAAAGACAUGAGAAAGGCUGAAGAGGAGCUAGGUGAACUGGAGGCCAAGCUCAAUGAAAAUCUGCGUAGGAACAUCGAACGCAUCAACAAUGAAAUUGACCAGUUAAUGAACCAGAUGCAGCAGAUCGAAACACAACAGAGGAAGUUCAAGGCCUCAAGAGACAGUAUACUAUCGGAGAUGAAGAUGCUGAAGGAGAAAAGGCAGCAGUCGGAGAAAACAUUUAUGCCCAAGCAACGCAGUCUGCAAAGUCUGGAGGCCAGCCUGCACGCCAUGGAGUCCACUAGGGAGUCUCUGAAGGCCGAGCUGGGCACUGAUCUACUUUCUCAACUCAGCCUGGAGGACCAGAGGCGUGUGGAUGACCUCAAUGAUGAAAUCCGUCAGCUGCAGCAGGACAACAGACAAUUGUUGAAUGAGAGGAUCAAGCUGGAGGGCAUUAUGACCAGAGUGGAAACAUACCUCAAUGAGAAUUUACGAAAACGUCUUGACCAAGUAGAGCAGGAGCUGAAUGAGCUGCGAGAGACAGAGGGAGGCACGGUGCUCACAGCCACAACGUCUGAGCUGGACACCAUCAACAAACGUGUCAGAGAGACUUUGGCUCGAUCAGACGAUCUGGAUACUUUGGUUGACAAGACAGAGGGAGAGAUCAAGGACCACAUAAAAAGCAUGGACCGCUGGAAGACCAUUGAGAAGGAGCAGAAUGACGCCAUCAACCAUGACACCAAGGAGCUGGAGAAAAUGACCAACCGGCAGGGCAUGCUGCUCAAGAAGAAAGAGGAGUGCAUGAAGAAGAUCAGAGAGCUUGGCUCACUGCCUCAGGAGGCAUUUGAGAAAUACCAGACCCUCACGCUCAAACAGUUGUUUCGGAAACUGGAGCAGUGCAACACAGAGCUGAAGAAGUACAGUCACGUCAAUAAGAAAGCUCUGGACCAGUUUGUCAACUUCUCUGAGCAGAAGGAGAAACUCAUAAAACGCCAGGACGAGUUGGAUCGUGGCUACAAAUCUAUCAUGGAGCUCAUGAACGUCUUGGAGCUGCGCAAGUAUGAGGCCAUUCAGCUCACUUUCAAACAGGUGUCAAAGAACUUCAGUGAGGUUUUCCAGAAGCUAGUGCCAGGUGGCAAAGCUACACUGGUAAUGAAGAAGGGAGAUACUGAGGGCAACCAGUCUCAGGAUGAGGGAGAAGGUGGUGCAGACAGUGAAAGAGGCUCUGGUUCACAGAGCAGCGUUCCUUCAGUCGACCAGUUCACUGGAGUCGGCAUCCGAGUGUCGUUCACCGGGAAACAAGGUGAAAUGAGAGAGAUGCAACAGCUGUCUGGAGGUCAGAAGUCUCUGGUGGCCCUCGCCCUGAUAUUUGCCAUCCAGAAAUGUGACCCCGCUCCUUUCUAUCUGUUUGAUGAGAUCGACCAGGCCCUUGACGCCCAGCACAGGAAGGCUGUCUCAGACAUGAUUGUAGAGCUGGCAGGCCACGCUCAGUUCAUCACCACCACCUUCAGGCCUGAGCUGCUGGAGUCUGCCGACAAGUUCUAUGGUGUCAAAUUCAGAAACAAGGUGAGUCACAUUGAUGUGAUCACAGCAGAGCAGGCAAAGGACUUUGUGGAGGAUGACACCACCCAUGGCUAAAUGCAGGACUAACACAAAUAUCUCGCUUACACGAACAGCCUUCUCCUUUCUGUUUAUACAUUCACUUGUUCCAGAGGUGGCAAUUUACCCGGAUGUUCUACAGGACAGGAACCCCCACCCCAAAUUAUUGAUAUUAGCAGUUUACGUCAAACGCUGAGACUAAUUUGAAAAGUCUACUUUCGUAGCAAAGGACAAUUGUUUUAACAGAUUGUCUGUUCCUGUAAGUGCAUUGACUGACUAUAAAAGUGUAGUUCUUUCACACUAAAGCAAAACUCCUAAUUUUUUUUGUGAGACUGUACUUAGGAGAGCGCUUGAUACUAUGAUGAACAAAUAGUUUAAGGAUGAGAUUUAAUAAUCUGUCCUUGAGAAGUGCUGAAGAUGCUCCUGAAGGCAAGAAACAUUCAAGCUCUGUUCUGACAGUGAAUGGUGUGUACAGUUGACAGUUUUGAUACCACUUGGGUAAUGUUGAGCUCAGUGCAGAUGGGGGGGUGAUCUUGUUUUUUGUUUUAUACCUGUUCACUCUGUAUGUAUACUCAUAUACUCCUGAAACAAAGCUAACGUAUAUCUGUCAUAACUGGCCGUCGCAGGCUUUAAAUUGUUUCCAAGUUGUUUAUUUUUAUGGUUGUUGCUGUAUUAUGUAAUUUCCUAUUUUUAGGUCAUUUCUAUGUAUGAAAGGUUUAAUUCUAAAACACCCCAAAUAUCCAUUUUGGAAAUUUCAAACAACAAGUGAUUUAGUCUUUGAUUAGAUCUGUGCUUCAAAUGACUCAACUUCAGUAGUAUUCCGAGCUGUAAUUAAUUUUUAUUUAUUUCCUUUAUGGAUGUAUUGUUUGGAGUUAAACUGCUCAUAUGUUUUACCUAGUUUCAACUUUUCUAAAUGACUUUUUCUCCUUUUUAUGUACUUAAAAAUAAUAAAAAUGCAUCAAAUAAA